AUGGCGUGGCAGCCGAAUGAAGUUGAUUUAAGGCAAAUUUUGCAACUUCUUAAGGAAUGUCAAAGCCCUAAUACGGGAAUUCAAACUCUUGUACAGAACAAAUUAGAAAGUUUAAGUUGUUAUCCGGAUUUCAACAAUUAUUUGGUAUUUGUACUAACUAAGAUGACAACAGAAGAUGAUCAUACUCGUUCAUUAGCUGGAUUAAUUCUUAAAAACAACGUUAAAUCACAUUAUGAAAAAUUUCCAGAGAACGUAAGGCAACUGAUAAAGUAUGAGUGCCUGCAUACGAUUGGUGACCCUUCGCCUUUGAUUAGGGCAAUAGUUGCUAUUUUGAUAACUGCAGUUGCUCGAAACGAUGGGUUUGCUGAGUGGCAAGAUCUAAUACCGGCACUUUUUCAGUUGGUUGACAGCGGAAACUAUGAGGCUUGUGAGGGUGCCUUUCUUGCAUUACAUAACAUUUGCGAAGAUGUUGCUGAUGUUGCCGAUGUUGUAUCUGGAUUGCCAGUGGAUUUCAUGAUUCCAAAGUUUAUUCAAUAUAUCAAACACUACAGUCCUAAAAUUAGAUCAUUAGCAGUCGCAUGUAUAUGCCACUUUAUGCAAGCGUCAACGAUUUUGCCGCAUAUUCAAGAUUUAAUUCAGAAUUUGUUCUCUGUUGCUAACGAUGAAUCGGGUGAAGUUCGGAAAAAUGUUUGUCAUGCUUUGGUGACUUUAUUAGGGAUUCGAAUAAGCCAAUUGGUGCCGUUUCUUAAUGGCAUCAUUGAGUAUAUGCUGGUUCGCACACAAGAUGAAGAUGGAAAUGUUGCACUGGAAGCUUGUGAAUUUUGGUUAAUAAUAGCUGAGCAGUCUAUUUGUAAGGAAGCAUUACGCCCUUAUUUGCCAAGUUUAGUUCCUGUGCUUGUAAGUGGGAUGAAGUAUUCAGAAAUCGAUGUAAUGCUACUAAAGGAUGAUGAACAUGAUGAAGGAAUUCCUGAUAAGGAAGAAGAUAUUAAGCCACGGUUUCAUAAACCGAAGCUGCAGAGUCAUCAGCACGUAAAUGGGAUAGAUGAUAACCAAGGUUAUGGUGACGUCACAACAGAUAAUAAUUAUGAUGACGACUCAGAUGAUGACGAAAUGUUAUCUGAAUGGAACCUAAGGAAGUGCUCAGCUGCGGCUUUAGAUAUUUUAGCGAGUGUUUUUGGGAAUGAUCUUCUGCCAGUGCUACUACCCAUCCUGAAAGAAGUAUUGUUCAAUAGUGAUUGGGUAGUUAAAGAAUCAGGCAUUCUUGUUCUUGGGGCUGUUGCAGAAGGGUGUUUAAGAGGGCUGAAUCAACAUUUGCCUACCUUGAUUCCUUUUCUAAUAAAAUCAUUAUCCGAUGAUAAGGCUCCUGUUCGUUCAAUUGCAUGUUGGACACUUAGUCGUUACGCACAUUGGGUUGUAAAUCAGUCUGAGAAAAGCUUUUUUCAAGAUCUGAUAAGAGAGUUACUAAAGAGUCUGUUAGAUAGUAAUAAGCGGGUUCAAGAAGCUGCUUGCAGUGCAUUUGCUACCCUUGAAGAAGAAGCCUGCUCUGCUCUUGUUCCUUAUCUGGAGCAUAUUAUUCAAACGCUUGUCUUUGCGUUUAGCAAAUAUCAGCGCAAAAACCUUCUGAUAUUGUAUGAUGCCUUUGGUACGCUUGCAGACUCUGUUGGACAUCAUCUUAAUAAACCGGAAUUAAUUAUUAUGUUGAUGCCACCGUUAAUACAAAAGUGGAAUGCUUUACAGGAUCAAGAUAGAGAUUUAUUCCCAUUGCUUGAAUGUUUGUCAUCAAUUGCUAUAGCUCUUCAAUCCGGGUUCUUACCGUAUGCGGAGCCAGUAUUUCAACGAUGUGUGUCUCUGGUGGAACAGACCUUAAGUCAGAGUACAGUUCAGAUACCUAUAGAUCAGUAUGAUCAACCGGACAAAGAUUUCAUGAUAGUUGCUUUAGAUUUACUGAGUGGAUUAACGGAAGGAAUUGAUAAGAAUAUUGAUUCACUGAUUGGAAAGAGUAAUUUGCUGGCACUUCUAUAUCAGUGCAUGCAGGAUCAAACGGAUGAAGUACGACAGAGCUCAUUUGCAUUGCUUGGUGAUCUUACGAAGGCAUGCUUCGGACAUGUACAACAAUAUGUUGGAGAUAUGAUGCCUUUACUUGGAAAAAAUUUAAAUCCGGAUUUAGUGUCUGUUUGCAAUAAUUCGGCAUGGGCAAUCGGUGAGAUGGCAAUGCAAAUGGGUCCAGAUGUGCAACCCUAUUUGCCUUUAGUGUUAGAUAAACUGAUUGAAAUCCUUAAUAGAGAUGACAUACCCAAAACUUUACUAGAAAAUACGGCAAUUACGGUUGGACGAUUAGGAUAUGUUUGUCCACAUGAAGUUGCUCCUAAAUUGCCAAACUUCAUUCAAAAAUGGUGUAAAGCACUAAGAUGCAUUAGAGAUAAUGAAGAAAAAGAUUCUGCAUUUCGUGGUAUUUGUAGGAUGAUUAGUGUUAACCCUGGCGGUGUCGUUCAGGAUUUUAUGUAUUUUUGCGAUGCGGUUGCAUCCUGGCAUAGUCCGAAGGAAGAUUUGAAGGAAACAUUUCAUAAGAUUUUGCAUGGCUUUAAGAUGCAAGUUGGUGAAGAAAAUUGGAGAAAUUUUUCUAAUCAGUUUCCUCAACCUUUAAAAGAAAGGCUUGCAAAUUCUUAUGGAGUGUAA